UGGUAUUUUAUUUUUGUAUAUUUUCCGACAGUAGGUACACACUGAACUACAGCUGAUUUACCGAAUUGUGUUGCGUUUGCAAAUAAUUACGUAAAUUCGGCAGAUCAACAUGUCGUUCUUACGCUCCAAAUAUUACGACCACCCCGAUGGCGAAGAUGCCUUUGGAAAGAUUGUAGCCACCAACAGAUACGCUGUAGCUGCCGGAUUGGCGUGGUCCACAGUUGAUGUGCUGACGCUGUCCAAGCCGCGAGGUUACAUACCGACGAUUGGGCGCUUUGCCUACAAUACAGGUCCCUUGAUGGGCAUGGCCACAGCAUUUACGCUAACCACGCUUGCUGCCACCAACUUCCGCGGCAAGGAUGAUAAGUUAAACUAUCUAGCUGGAGGUUUUGCAGCUGGCGGCGUUUUCGGUGCCUGGAGACACAGUCAUGUAGCUGGCUUGGUUGCCGGUCUAUUCCUAGGUAUGGCCGGUGUCAUCAAGAAGAUGUCCAUUGAGCAGGGCUGGGAGUUCUUCCCCGAACCGCCGACGCAUCAAUAUGGUGGUUUAAACAUUGCCCAGAACGACUAUACUCUAAUGGCUGAGCGUCCCAGGAACUGGACAUCGGAAAAGAAGGAUUAAGCGCUGUCAAAUGUGUGCAAGAGCUGGUUGAAAAUCAUUGGUUGAUGAUUGACAAAAGUCUUGCGUUUGUUUAGUUAAUAAUUAUACUAAAAGAAAACUCUGGCACUUGUGUAGCUUCGAAUGAAUAAAUGCCAAGUGGAUGGUGAUAAUCUACAAACAA